AUGCACCAGGAACUUUCCUUGCACGCAGCAGUUUUGUUGGGUGUGAAACAUUCUUGUGAGAGAGUCCAGAAGUGCUCUUUAGCAGGUCUCAGGGACAAACUGCAAGAGACAGUGGGCAAAGUCCACAGGGAGUGCAAGGCUGUCCCUGGGCUGUCCCAGAUCCUCUCUCCUCCGCCCACAGGCCCGUGGCAAAGCUCCUCCUUUUGGUUCCCAGCCAACAGCUUCCUGCCAGGUGGCUUAUUGCACCAUGCCCUUGGCUUGUGGCCCUGCUGCCCUGCUGGCGCUGGGCUGGGAGCCAUCACAACAGCACAGGGGCUGUGGGAGCAGCAAGGACUUGGCAGGGAAAGCAGCAGCAAAGGAGUGACCGUCCUCCUCACCAGCUCAUUAGGGUGCUACGUGGGGUGCAGAAAAACAUGCUUGGCAACAGCUCCUGGCUUGGAGAGAGUAAACGUGUCUGAAAGUGUCCAAAUCUGUCUGCAUAGCAGGGGGAGAAUGGAAGCAAAGUUUUCUCCUUCAGCAGAACCCCUAGACAUUUCCCCUACCCCAUUUCAGCAGGAGGAGUUGAAUAAAUUAGCAUCCUCCAGGGUCAGCCAAGCUGGAGCGUGACAGUGGAAGACUGGAAGGUGCUGGGAAUAGACUUGAAUAUUGGAAGUUCCCAGUGGGGUUUGGAAAGAUCCAUGUAAUAAAAUCUUUUCAAACAUAAGUCUGUUUGGAGGUGGAGUUGACCCAGUUGAAAAUUCCCAAGAACGCUGAGCAGGACGUGUGAGCAUCAACAUAAAGGAACAUAAAUUGACAUCUCCCGCUUUU